AAGUGAACUGUUGGCAACUUAGAAAAUAAACCAACAUGGUGAAAUGUUUACAUCUUUAAGGCCUUUUCGUGGUUUAUUUUUAUUUGCGAUGUAAUGUUUUGUAAAUAUCCUACCACUUAAUUUGAUUUUUAUUUUUCAAAAUUGUAUUUGAAACUUUGCAAUGUCUUCCAAAAGUGAACUGAAGAAACUGUCAGAAGAGAGUUUGACUCGGCAACCAGAAGAAGUUUUUGACAUAAUUUGCAAAUUAGGAGAAGGGUCAUAUGGCAGUGUUUACAAAGCGCUUCAUAAAGAGUCGGGCCAAGUUCUUGCCAUCAAGCAGGUUCCUGUAGAUACAGAUCUUCAAGAGAUAAUAAAAGAGAUUUCAAUAAUGCAACAGUGUGAUAGCCCAUGGGUCGUCAAGUACUAUGGAAGUUACUUCAAGAACACAGACUUGUGGAUUGUGAUGGAAUACUGUGGAGCUGGAUCUGUGUCUGACAUCAUGAAGCUACGCAACAAAACUCUCUCUGAAGACGAGAUUGCAACCAUACUCUGUGAUACUUUAAAAGGGCUUGAGUACCUACAUCUCAGGCGAAAAAUUCAUCGUGAUAUCAAAGCUGGUAACAUCCUUCUCAAUACGGAAGGCCAUGCAAAACUGGCAGAUUUUGGUGUUGCUGGUCAACUCACGGAUACAAUGGCUAAGAGGAAUACAGUUAUUGGAACGCCAUUUUGGAUGGCUCCUGAAGUGAUUCAAGAAAUUGGCUAUGAUUGUGUAGCAGAUAUCUGGAGUUUAGGAAUCACAGCUCUAGAAAUGGCUGAAGGUAAACCCCCAUAUGGAGACAUUCAUCCAAUGAGGGCUAUCUUCAUGAUUCCCACCAAACCACCGCCUUCUUUUCAAGAGCCAGAUCAGUGGUCACCUGAAUUCAUCGACUUUGUGAGUCGCUGCUUGGUUAAAAACCCAGAAGAAAGGGCAACAGCAUCGGACUUGCUGCAUCAUGAAUUCAUUGGCAAUGCAAAACAACCAAACAUUUUGAGCCAGAUGAUUGCUGAAGCACGGGAGAUUCGAGAGAAUCAAACCUACAGGAACAAUGUGAUCAGCUCGGCAGCCAUUGCAAAGCAGAAUCACAUCCAGGAACUGGAUGAAGAUGAACUUGUGAACAAUAAAACAAUGCUGCAGUAUUCUCACGACCCUGGUACACUGGUACCUUCAUGUGACGUGAUGGAUGGGACCCUAGUGGCCCGACAGCCAUACUCCCUGGUGCCUGACAGUCAGUCAGGCACCAUGGUGGAGCUGCAGUCCAACAUGGGCACCAUGGUAAUAAAUAGUGACACGGACGAAGAGCUUACCAUGAAGCGACAUGAUACUGGUCCUGGAGAAGCAGGGAAGAAGUACCGGCCGUUGUUCAUGGACCAUUUCGACAAAAAAGAAGUUGACAACAAGCCAGAAAAUGAGAGUGUUCCAAGUGCACAAGUGCUGGAGACUGCGGAGCCCACGCAGCCUGUGGUCUCCCUGCAGACUCCAGAGGAGCGGCAGUGCUUCCAGAAGCACUUGCAGAGGCAACUGGAGCAGAUCUCCGGAGCGGGCCGCACCGGGCCCCUGCAGCAGGCUCCCUUGGUCAACCCCUUCUUGGCCGGUCGCCACGACAACAGGGUUAAGUUCCAAAAAGCAUUUUUGGACAGAGAUUUUGAAUUUCUGAAAUUUUUGAGCUAUGAAGAACUGCAACAGCGAAUGACCAAUUUGGAUGCAGAAAUGGAGAGAGAAAUUGAUGAUCUGAGGCGGCGCUAUCAGUCGAAACGUCAGCCAAUUCUUGAUGCGAUAGAUCAGAAGAGAAAACGUCAGCAGAACUUUUGAUUGUGAAUCAAAGGACUAAGCUGUGUUAUUUUUCAGACAUUUUUUUUUCUACACUAUUGAGUGAAAGUAAAGUAUGAAUUUUUACCUGUAUAAUAGAAAAGUUAAUGAAUGAUAUGCACAUAUUUAAUACAGUAAUAUAAGUGAGUCAAGUUGAA